UGCGGGGAGGGAGCGGAUGUCCUUAUGUGCGGGAAUGGCGGUCCUGAGCUGGGUGUGUGAGGGGUGGAGGUCCUGGUGCAGCUGUGUGAACGGUUCGAGGUUCCCGUGUAACCCCACGAAGGGAUGGAGUCCCCAGUGCGGUUACGUGGCACAAUGGUGGUUAUGGAACGGCUAUGUGAGGGGAUGGAGGUCUUAGUGUGGUUAUGUGAACAGAUAGGGGUCGUCAUGUGGUUCGUUGAGGGGGCAGAAGCGUGAGCAGCUGGAGGACCUCGUGCACUUAUGUAAACAAACGUGGGUCCUACAUGGUUACAUGAGGGAAUGGAUGCCCUGGUGCAGUUAGGUGAGGUGCUGGAGCCCAUGACACAAUACGGGCCCCGGUGUGGUUCUGUGAGGAGACGGUUGCCCCAGUAUCAUUAUGUGAGGAGAUGGGGCCCUGGUAUGGCUUUGGGAUUAGACUGGGGCCCUGGGAUGGGUCUGUGAUGGGUUGGAGGCACUACUGCAUUUUUGUGAGGUGAUAGAGGCACCAGCAUGGUGACAUGAAUGAUGUUGCUUGAAGAUUCCACAUGCAUGGCCCAGGAGGACACCAGAGAGCAAUGCAAUUGGCUGUGCUGCUGUGGUUUCUGCCGUGUGCAGCGGCUGCUGAGGAAGCAGGGUCAGCCUGGUGCUGGGCUGUGCAGGUGCAGAGGCUGCUGGCUGAACCGUGGGUUCCAUCCGCACCAAAGACUGCUGGUUGGUGCUGUGCUCACAGCCAGGUCAAGCUGGGAGCUGCCCGACUUGCGAGAAGGAAGAGUAAAAGCCAUCAGUGAUUCUGAUGGAGUGAGCUACCCCUGGUAUGGAAACACCACAGAAACUGUGACCCUGGUUGGGCCCACAAACAAGAUCUCCAGGUUCUCGGUGAGCAUGAAUGACAAUUUCUACCCCAGCGUGACGUGGGCUGUCCCUGUGAGCAACAGUAAUGUGCCGUUGCUGACCAGGAUUAAAAGGGACCAGAGCUUUACCACGUGGCUGGUAGCCAUGAACACCACUACCAAGGAAAAGAUCAUCUUGCAGACUAUAAAGUGGCGGAUGCGAGUGGACAUUGAGGUUGAUCCCAUGCAGCUCCUGGGGCAGCGGGCACGACUGGUGGGAAGGACUCAGCAGGAGCAGCCCCGGAUCUUAAGCAGGAUGGAGCCCAUCCCACCAAAUGCACUAGUGAAACCCAAUGCCAACGAUGCCCAAGUCCUCAUGUGGAGACCCAAGCGAGGCCAGCCUAUAGUUGUUAUACCUCCCAAGUAGCACAGCACCGGGGCACGCACUGGUGCGUGCACGUGGGGACCUUGGUGCUGUUGGUGUGGUGCAAAUGAGUGGGAUUCCUGAGCCAAAGCAGACCUCUUGAGUUCGCCUGCCUUUGUAGCUGUGGUUGGAAGUUCCACAGUUGGAAAGAGAGCAUGAGCUAGGCCUGGCUGUGGAGAGAAUUGCCAAGCUGGUCCCAGGAAGUGGAUUUAAGUGCUUCUAGGGCUUGUGGCUGGAGAAAAGGCUGUUUUAUCCAACCAUCUCCCGCCUCCUUGCAGGAAAGUGUGAGGAGCAGGAGCAUGAUAAAACCGUGCCUGUGUCAAAUGCUGCUUUCCACCCCAUUAGCUGUAGUAGAAGAGCCCAUGCCUGCCAGACAUGGGGGGUUGUGCAGUCACCCUUCCCCUCGAUGUCUCUACCUAUGCAUUUCAGAUGGAUAAUCAGCAUGUUGCCAUGCUGUCUGGGACUUGGAAGGGCCUGGGAGCAGUGUGGGAGCUGGUGCCCAGUCAGAGCCCAGUGGCAGCAGUCAUCUCUGCCUGAGAGGGGCUUUCUGCAGCUGACUGGAAGCAGGACAUUAUGCAUGCAUCUCGGUGUGUUUGGAGUGGUUGUGAAUGUAGGCGAUGACAUAGUUCAUUCCUGUCUAGGAGUGAGACCUGAGGGCAGGUUAGAUAUCCUUCAGUUUUAUGGUGCACUAAAUCUUUGCAGUUCCCCCCAUCCCCGCCAGCCAUUUCUUUUGCUGGAGCAAGAAUUAUUCUCAAUCAGAAGAGAAAUCACAAGCGAUGCCUUUUCACAGAGGCGAAGGAGAGCAGGCAGCUACUGAUGGUGUUUGCGUGGUAUCCAGAAAAGCUUGGAGGUACUCCAGGAUUUUGAUGCUUCCACUGCAGACAUGAGUGCAUAGCAAGAGGUUGUGUGCUUGUUCAUCUUCCACCCAAAUGCCUGCUGGUGUGGGAGGUUUGAUCCUCAGCCACCCAUGGAGCAGUGCAGCGUGUGUGCAUGUGCAAGUUGCUCGUGCUGUUGCAGGUGUCUGGCAGGUUGCCUUUUUCUCCACCCUGUGCCCUUCACUGCCUGGAUUGCUGGCAUCUCUCUGGUCUGUGGGGAGGUGCUGGUGCUGUGGGCUGCAGUGUACAAUUCCCUGCUUGUUGUAGCAGGGGAGCAACUUUUCCCUUCUUUCAGCUGAGCUCUGCUGGUUGCACCUUCCUGGUUGCAGCAGCAGCAGAAGCCACAGUGGCUUUGUCCCCACCCAAGGACAGUUUCAGGUGCCCUGUGUUGCUGCAGGGUCCCGGGCAGAUGAAUAUGGCUUUUGCUGCUUUCCCUGCUCUGUUUCAUGCUGCCAUACCUCCAGCUUGUGCCCCUGCCUUUGUGCAAUGAAGGUUUCUGCUGCUGUGGGGAUGUGAGGUAUUUCUGCUUGGAGCUUCCUGCAUUCCCCGUGCUGCUGGGAGAGCCUGGGAGCCGUCUCACUGGCUACUCUUGUCAAAGCCUUUUUUGCAGCAUCAGGAGCACUUCCUUGAACCUGGGUGUCAGGCAGCCCAGCUCAGGACUUCUUUGCUUCCCCCAGUGUGCAAAACCUGCUCCCCCUGCUGCAGAGGAGCCUUUUUUCUCCAUGUGCACGCCUUGGGGCAGAGCCUCCCACAGCAUUGCUCUCUGAAGUACUCACAAACCCCUGCAAAGCUUCAGGUGCAGCUCAUGCUUUUCCAGGGCGAGACGCACACCUCUGGCAUCUGGGAGCUGCUCCCCAUGAGCAAAGGGACUUUAAGACAAAGGGUGUCUUAGACCAAAAAUCCCUGUGAAAUCCCCAUGCUAUUUAUUACUCUCAUUAGGCUUUGCUGCUUAUUCAGUUCUUAAUUUUUUUUCCUCUGGGAGCAUUGCACACCAACGCCCUGGUGAACACUUUGAUGUGCUGUGGGCUGUGGUUCUGCUCCUCCUGCUCGGCCUGGUGCAGACAGAGUGGUUUGGUGGCCUAGGAAGCAACUGCUUUGGGUUAGCUGAGGACUGGGUGAGUCCUUGCCAUGAGAAAAGCCUGGAGGGAGAGCAGGCUCUGAGCUCUGGUCUGCUUUGCUUUUCUGAGCAGAGUUUCUGCAAGGAGAUGGUGAGCACUGGGCACCUUGUUUUUGUGAGAUUCAGCCAGUGUUUUUGUAUGGACACAUGAUCAAAGGCAAUUUUAGCUAU